AUGAAGCUCAACUCGGGAUUGACCGCUCUGGCGGUCUUGUCAUCGGCCUCGGCUCUUUUGGUUCCUCCUUUUACUGAAAAGAAAGAGGACUCGUCGUCACCGUCGACUCAGCAAUUCAAGUUCCAAAUUCCCAGUGAAUUGGGCUCCAUUGACGGCUUGUCGAGCUACUUGCACAUAGAUAGGGCCCAGGUGGCUUCUAUUAUGCAGACCUUGGCCCAUGAAUUGGGCCAGUCGUGGCACGAUAUUCCCUCGCUUGCUAUUGACUCGUGGUACGAGGUGUUGAAACACAGCCCUCAGUCAUUCCCUGAACUGCGUGAGAACCUCGUUCGUCAAUUGGAACUCUCCCGGGAAUUGAAUCUGCCAGUUAGUCAGGUUAUGGACUGGGGUCUUAAACAGAGUUCUAGUGCUCAUGGUGGAAAGGCCGGUGUUGCCUCUUCGUCUUCUUCCUCGUCGAAUGUCAAGGUUGACUGGGAACAUGUGGUUGAAAGUGAUAACUUCCCUGCUCAUAGUUUGAAUGUCAAGUCACCAGGUUCGCUUGGAAUCGACAAGGUCAAGCAAUAUUCCGGUUAUUUGAACGAUAAUGAGAAUGACAAGCACUAUUUCUACUGGUUUUUCGAGUCUCGUAACGAUCCUAAGAACGACCCAGUUAUUCUGUGGUUGAAUGGAGGUCCUGGAUGUUCUAGUUUGACUGGUUUGUUAUUUGAGAACGGACCUGCCUCGAUUAGUCCUGAAUUGAAACCCGUUCAUAACCCAUACUCGUGGAAUAACAAUGCUUCUGUUAUUUUCCUUGACCAGCCUGUCAAUACUGGUUUCUCGUACUCUGACUCGUCGACUGUUUCCGACACUGUCACUGCCGGUAAGGAUGUUUACGUUUUCUUGUCACUGUUCUUCCAACAGUUCCCUGAAUACAACAACCUUCCAUUCCAUAUUGCCGGAGAGUCGUAUGCCGGUCACUACAUCCCCGUAUUUGCUUCCGAGAUCUUGUCUCACGACGACCGUAAUUUCAACCUCAGUUCGGUGCUUAUUGGUAACGGAUUGACUGAUCCUCUUCGUCAAUACGAUUUCUACGAGCCCAUGGCCUGUGGAAAGGGUGGCGAGCCAUCUGUUUUGAGCCAGGAAGAGUGUGAUGGAAUGAUCAAUUCUCAACCCCGAUGUGAUAACCUUAUCAAUGCCUGUUAUAACAGCCAAUCGGCCUGGACCUGUGUUCCUGCCACUGUUUACUGUAACAAUGCCAUGAUGGGACCAUACCAACGAACCGGUAAGAACGUGUAUGAUAUCCGAGCCAACUGUGAGGGUGGUAGUUUGUGUUACACUGCUUUGGACGAUAUUGAUAAGUACCUCAAUAAGCCCGAAGUCAAGGCUGCACUUGGCGCAGAGGUCGACGAGUACGCUUCGUGCAACUUUGAUACCAACCGAAACUUUGUAUUUGCCGGAGACUGGAUGAAGCCAUACCAAACCAGUGUGACCGACUUGCUUGAGAAGGAUAUUCCUGUGCUCAUUUACGCUGGCGACAAGGAUUUCAUCUGUAACUGGCUCGGUAACGAGAACUGGUCGAAAGAACUCGAGUGGUCUGGCGGUGACAAGUUCAAGGCCGCUCCACUCGAGCCCUGGAAACUCGCCGACAAAGAAGUGGGCCAAGUUCGCAACGCCGGAUCCCACUUCACCUUCCUGCGAAUCUACGGCGCCGGCCACAUGGCCCCCUACGACCAACCCGAGGCCUCGCUCGAGAUGGUCAACAGAUGGAUCUCCGGCGACUUUGCCUUUAACUAA